UGACGAGCCCUGUCAACCAAUGAGAGAGGGCCUAAUCCAAGCGUUGAGCCAAUAGCAAGGCGCGGCUGUUAGGCGAGGCCUCGGCGCGCGGCUGGGCUCGAUUGAUCCCAAGCCCUUGGCGACGGCGGCGUUGUUCAGUCGGCGCGAGAACAUUCUAGAGAGUCACCGGCCCGGCCGCCGCUCGCGCUGAACCGCCUCGGAACCCCCCACCCUUCCUCCUCCUCCUCCUCCUCCUCUCCCCUUGAGACACACAGACCCCCGUCGAGGCGCUGCUCGGAGGUGACACCAUCGGCCGCCGUUUCUCCUCCUCGCACCGAUUCCGGCUUCGUCGCAGCCCGGGGCGAGCAGCGUUGGGUUUAUGUCUGUAUUGGACGAAAACGAGCUGUUGCGCAGCCAUUGGUACCUGUAUUGGGGAAAUAUAGCAUACAAGCAAGAACCUCACAGCCUCGGUGGCGAAAAAUUUUUCAUGUCAGAGACCGAGAACUCUUGCAGUCGUUUAUGUCAUCACGUCUUCUCCAGACAGAAGAUACCAAAAAGUUGCAAUCAAAGAUCUCUCCAUCUUAUUGAUAAAGCCACUAAUAAGCCAAAAUGUCUGUCAAUGUCAACCGCAGUGUGUCCGAUCAGUUCUAUCGCUACAAAAUGCCCCGUCUGAUUGCCAAGGUUGAGGGCAAAGGAAAUGGGAUAAAGACAGUUAUAGUCAACAUGGUUGACGUUGCAAAGGCGCUUAAUCGGCCUCCUACGUAUCCCACCAAAUUUUUUGGUUGUGAACUGGGAGCGCAGACCCAGUUUGAUGUUAAGAAUGACCGUUACAUUGUCAAUGGAUCUCAUGAGGCGAAUAAGCUACAAGACAUGUUGGAUGGGUUCAUUAAAAAAUUUGUUCUCUGUCCUGAGUGUGAGAAUCCUGAAACUGAUCUGCAUGUCAAUCCUAAGAAACAAACUAUUGGUAACUCUUGCAAAGCCUGUGGCUAUCGAGGCAUGCUUGACACAAACCAUAAACUCUGCACGUUCAUUCUCAAAAACCCACCUGAGAGCAGUGAGUCUGGUACAGGCAAGAAAGAGAAAGACAAGAAGAACAGGAAAGGCAAAGAUAAAGAGAAUGGUUCUGUGUCUAAUACAGAGACACCACCGCCUCAGUCAGCCCAACCAGAAGAACUUAGUCCUCCAAAUGUAGCGGACGAUGAUGAUGAUGACUGGGGCGAAGACACAACUGAAGAAGCCCAGCGGCGCAGAAUGGAUGAAAUCAGUGAUCAUGCAAAAGUUCUCACACUGACUGAUGACCUAGAAAGGACUGUUGAAGAAAGAGUCAAUAUAUUAUUUGACUUUGUUAAGAAAAAGAAGGAAGAAGGUGUCAUAGAGUCUUCUGACAAAGACAUUGUGGCAGAAGCAGAACGACUGGAUGUUAAAGCUAUGGGCCCUCUGGUAUUGACUGAAGUCCUCUUUGAUGAAAAGAUAAGAGAACAGAUAAAGAAAUACAGGCGCCACUUCUUGCGUUUUUGUCACAACAACAAGAAAGCUCAGCGAUACCUUCUUCAUGGUUUGGAAUGUGUAGUAGCCAUGCAUCAAUCUCAGCUGAUUUCUAAAAUUCCACAUAUCUUGAAGGAAAUGUAUGAUGCAGAUCUUCUAGAAGAAGAAGUCAUUUUGAGCUGGGCAGAAAAGGCCUCAAAGAAAUAUGUCUCUAAAGAGCUUGCCAAAGAAAUUCGUGUCAAAGCAGAGCCAUUCAUUAAAUGGCUAAAGGAGGCUGAAGAGGAAUCAUCUGGUAAUGAAGAAGAGGAGGAUGAAGAUGAAAAUAUUGAGGCAAGAAUUACUCACCUUCCCUUUAAGAAGUGUUUCAAAAGGAACAUUUUCUUUUGUGAAUCUUGGAAGCUCUAUCUUGAAAAUCUGGUGGUGUACUCCAAGACUGCCAGUGUACCUAAAGUUGAAACUGUGAAGCCUGCAAACAACAAGGAAGAAGAUAUUGACAUUGAUGCUAUUUAAAGUGAACCAACCUAGUUUCCAGUGUUGCAGUGCGUACCUCUCUCUCUGCAUCUCUUGCCAGAAGUGCAACAUUUGUGCACAAGCUGUAAUGCCUAUAAACAUCGUGCUUCACUUCUUGAACUCAAAUGUAUCUUACCAUGACUGGUAUUGUAACUAAGUUUAACAAGAUGAGAGGAGUUAAUACACCAGCAAACUGAUCCAAGUUUGCUGUACAGCAUGUUUCUUUUAAACUUGUCUUGGACACAAAUACUUGGAGCACAUUUAUACAGUUGUGAAAAUAAAGGAUUUGGUUUUGAAAUCUUCA